AUGGAGUACAUGGGAAGCAAUAUAACAUACAACAAAGACAUAUACAGUGAGUUUAAGUACUAUUGUGAACAGCAUGAGAUUGAAGUAAUGAGUAAAGGAGACUUUGAAACGCUUAUGAAAGACAGUAAGGAGGUCGUUCAUGAGAACAGUGUUGAAAUAGUUCAUGAGAACAGUGAGGAGGUCAUACAUGAAUGCAAUGAUGAAAUAGUUCACGAGAACAGUGAGGAGGUCAUACAUGAGAACAGUGAUGAAAUAGUUCAUGAGAACAGUGAGGAGGUCAUACAUGAAUGCAAUGAUGAAAUAGUUCACGAUGUCGUUCGUGAAGAAGCCAUUGCAACAAAGAAUGAUAUAAAGGAUUUCAUAGAACUUAACAAGGAGGAGUUUAAAGAAGGCUAUGAAGUGAAAAGAUGUGAAGAAGAUUUCUUGGCGUAUUUGAAGAAAAAGAGACUAAAGCCAAUGGCUCAAAAUAAGUUUCAAUCGAUGUUUGAAAAGAAACGUUUGAGUUAUGGUGGUGUAAGAAGCACAUAUUACUUUGUUAAGAAGUGA